AUUUAAUUAAUGAUCAUAGCAAUACUCCUAUUCACCACAGUUUUUGCAUUUCCUAAAUACAAGUAAAAUCUAUUUGUGGCCAAACCAGAUUCCCUCAAAAAAUUAGCAUAUUAAUUGUCAAUAGCUUCUGAUUUGUCAGUUGACGUGGAUCAAGAUUAAGUAUAUAAAUUUAUUCUAAUAAGGUUUGUACUUGGUUAAAAGAAUACACUUUAACAACAACUCAAGAUGCAUAUUAUGCAAAACUUGCAUCAUCAUUUUUGGAAGAAUGUCAGGCAGACCUUAAUAUUGACUACCCAAAAAUGGAUUAAGAUGAUUUCGAAUCAAUCUACUAUAAUUCACUUUUAAAUGGGUUAUGUCCCAAAUUGGAAUAAUUUAUUACAGUAGGAGGUGCAGCAAAACCUUCGCUUAAAAAAUAAGAUGACUCUUAUAAAACUGCAGCUCAAGUAUAUCACCUUGCCACCAUUUGCAAUGGCAAAAAUGUUCAUGAAGGAAUCUAAGAAGCCCUCUUUAAUUUCUAAGAAAUAUAUGACGGAGUCACAGCAAUUUUAGAUAGAGAUAAUACAGCUGCAGUAACUGCGUAAAUAUUGUUCUCAUUUUUUACUUUGAACAUAACCAAUAUUCAUCCAAAACUAUAGGAUAUUCUCCGAAAUUAGAUCUAUCAAUAAACAAUUAUCAAUUUUCUUUACUAAAGAACUUUAGUCUUGGGAUCUAUUGACGAAUAAUAUUGGAUUACUAAAUUAUUUUAAUUGAAUUAAGUUAAUACAAUCAUAUAUCCCAUUUUCUAAGACUAUUACUAAAUUAACAAGAUGAAAACAUAAAUUAAUGUGAAAUUUGUCAACUUUAAAGGGGAAAAGGUUUAACCUACAGAAGUUUAUGCUAUAAUCAAUAAUUAAUAAGAACAUUUAAUCUAUACACCAAUUAAAUCUAAAGAUUUUAGUGGUUAUUUUGAAAUUUAAUAAGCUGGUUUACUUCCUUUUGAAUUGCAUUUCUCUAAUUAUGUUGUAAGAUUACCAAUCUAAGAUUUAAGCUAAAAUACACAAUCAAAGUAUUCCAAGAAGUUGAGAUUGAAGAAGUCAUGUUUGAUAUUGUUGAUUCCAAAACUUCAAAACCAAACUUCCAUCAUAGUGUUGAAAGCGGAGAGCUUUAUCCUGUAAUUCUUAAAGCAAAUGAAAAGAGCUUCCUUCAUAUCAUUAUUAAAGUAAUUAUUUUAUUUAAGUAGACUAAAAAUUAAAUUAAAUCAUAAGUUGCCAUUAGAUUAAAUCAUCCUUAAUAUCCUUCUGCUUCUACAUAAGUGUUUGCUGAGUAUGAUACAAAAAGAAACAUCUAUUAUGGUAUUAUUGAUUUUGGGGACCCUGAUCAUAUUACACCACUCAAUGCAAUCUAUUAGGUGGAAUUACUUCUAGCCGAUUCAAACGUUAUACCUAAAAGAUGGAGUUUCCUAAAAAUAGAUACUAAAUUUUAAGCUUAAACAACUUUCUAAAAUGACAGCUACUACAAAUUGCCCUAAGAAAUUGUACAUUAAUUCAAUCAAGAAUAACCUGAAGUUCCAUUCCUUGUAAAUAUCUUAUUUUAAUCUAGUUUGUUUCAUUCUUUGUUGUUGUUAUUGUAAUUGCAUUUCUAUUUUUCCUCAAACUCCUUUCAAAUUUGAACUUAAGCUUUGAAAGAUUACCAAAAGAUAAUUCAACCAUUGUUUAUCUGUUUUUAACUCUUAUUUUAGUUUUAUUUUUUGUGUUAAUACUAUUUUGGAUUAAAUUAAAUUUGAUUGAAACAAUCACAGUAUUAGGAAUCUUAAGCGUACCAUUAGUUGUUGUUGGAAAUUAUGCACUUUUAGCAUUAAGAAAAUCAGAAAAAUUAGAUUGAUC